AUGAGGUUCGAGUUUCCCUUCUUUUCGAUUCCAGAGACUAUUUCUCCUACACAAAAACUCUUUCUACAGAUUGAUCUUGAUAGAGAUGGAUUAAUUUCAAAGGAGGAUAUAAAAUUUUUUCUCAGACAAUUCGACUUAAAGCUAACUAAUAACAACCUGGAUGUUUUAGCAGAGAUUUUCAUAGAACGAUGUGGUGUUGACAGUGAACAUGGUUAUGUAAAUGCAGAACAAUUUUCACACUAUGUCCAUGAACAAGAUCGUCUCCUUUCCCCUAUCUAUGCUCAAAUGGAUAGGAACAUGCAAGGAAAGGUUGAUUAUAUGGAUAUUCAGGCCUAUUUCAUGACAUUGGGCAUUCCUGUUGAUGGCGAUGAAGCCAAACAUCUACUUCGACGUAUUGAUAGAAAUAAAAACGACCGCAUUGAAUAUGAAGAGUGGAGAAAAUUUCUUUUAUUUCUGCCUAUUACUAAUAUUGCCUGUGUUACACAGUUUUGGCGACAUGGCGCAGUUCUUGAUCUCUCCGUGGAUCCGGUAGUCGCUAUCCCUCAAUUUAUGAAACACGAGCAUGUUCUAAAAAGGGACUUACUCCAGUUUAUUGCUGGUGGAACGGCCGGAGUCAUUUCUCGAACCUGCACGGCCCCCAUUGAUAGACUGAAAUUGAUGCGCCAGGUUUACGGAUAUAAGCAUAAAGAGAGUGGGUUUGUGGAAGCUUAUCGGUAUAUGCUCAAGGAGGGGGGUGCAUUUUCUCUUUGGCGAGGAAAUCUCAUAAACUCCAUCAAGAUUGCUCCAGAAACUGCUGCCAAAUACACCACCUAUGAACGAUACAAGCGUCUUCUUAUGGACGUGGAUGAAGAUGGCUUCUUUGAUCAGCAUCCUGUGAUCACCAAAUUCGCUGCCGGUUCUUUGGCUGGAAUUACUGCUCAAACUAUUGUCUAUCCAAUGGAAGUCCUUAAAACUCGAAUGUGCCUUCGAAAAACCGGCCAGUACAAAUCCUUGUGGGAUUGCGCUGGAAAGAUAUACAAAGAGCUGGGAUUUCUGGGCUUCUUCCGAGGAUAUGGAGUCAAUCUUGUCGGGGUUAUUCCCUACGCAGGUAUCGAGCUGGCUACUUAUGAAUGGCUGAAGUCAAUGUACAUCCAUCGGUAUAUGAGUCAAAUUCUCCAGUUAUCUCCGCGCGUCUUUCCCAAUUACAGCUGUGGAAAUCUGUAUGUUCACCCUCCCUCUCACAUAAUUCCGUUCAUUGCGGCUACAUCUUCUAUGCUGGGCAUCGUAGUAACGUAUCCAGUGGCCCUUAUAAGAGCGAAAUUGCAGGCGACUGCCUACUACCACACUAAACCCCCUUCCACACCCGCUAUCCUUCAAUCUGCCACUGCUGCUGGAUUAACCACCGAUUUCUCCACCUCCAUGACCACCUCCAUCAGAAGGCCAGAACCCGUCACAGUACCCUCUCUUCUCCAAGCCAUCUGGAAAGGAGAGGGCCUGGUGGGUUUCUACCGCGGCCUUGGGGCCAAUUUGGUGAAAGUUCUACCUGCCACCGCCAUCUCUAUGCUCACAUAUGAAACCAUUCGACGAGAGGUUAAUCUUGGCCCUAUGGGCUCUGGGUGA